AUGGACCAACGUACAGGUAACCCAGUCACCUUCCACGCAGUCUUUACAGCCGCUGCAGCCCAUAACGCCCCACAACGUACACAUCGGGAUACCCUCACCCGACUUCCAAAGAGGUAUCAAGAUCUUACCAAUCACCCUUACGGUAGAGAAUUUAAGGAGACGGGCGCAGGGCAACCCGAUUCAUCUCGAAUAGCACGCAUCUGCGUUAGAGGCGACCUUCAUAGCGAAUGCAGUAACGAACAAACAUACGCAGCAACACUAGCAGCAAGAACGUUGCGGACAGUUAUAUCUAUUGCUGCUAGACACGAUCUCGAUAUACGACAAUUUAACGUAGCCAGCGGCUUCCUCAACACUACGCUUAAUAGCAAGAGCCCAAUCUACGUAGACCUCACUAAGGGCUAUAUCGAAUUGGGCUUCCUACACGAUAGUGAGGACCCUCCAAUGGUAGCCCAACUCAACAAGGCGCUAUACGGGCUACGACAGUCACUACUCCUAUGGUACAACGAGAUGUCACAAAAACUUAAGGCACAAGGUCUCCUUCGAACGUCAGAAGAACCCUGUGUAUUUACAAACGAUAAGGUACUAAUCCUCGUCUAUGUUGACGAUAUUCUUGCCCUAUCACCAAAGGGGCACUCUGUCGACGAUAUCUAG